AUGUUUUGGAGAUUUGGCGGUUACGCCAGUGUCUCCACCAUCGACACGAUUCUCGACCGCGAGAGCUUCGAGCUCGAGCAACUUCUCGACGAGAGCGAUUUGGUGCAGGAACUGAAGCAGCAUAAUGCGAGACUUGUAGAGUACCUGCGGGACCCGCAAGUUCUUGAGAAACUGCUCAAGUAUGUGGUUGCUCCCAAACUCGAACCUGUCGCCUCGCCCGACGACGAAGAGGAAGAUGAGGAGACGAAGGGGAAAAACGUGUUCCGCUCGUCCACCAUAUCUCAAAAUUCCUCUAAGGCAGGCGAGACAACUCCGGACGACGUCGAAAAGAAGCGGAAUCGAUACGCGUUUGUGUCUACUGAGAUCCUCUCUUCGGAAACAUGGUCGAUAUACGACGCGCUCAUGGAGUGCAAGCCAUUGCUCCGGGAGUUCUGGCAGUUCCUGAAGCGCGAUACCCCACUCGACCCCCUCCAAGCGAGUUACUUCACGAAAGUCAACGAGUCGCUGUUCGACAAGAAGACGGAGGAGAUGGUAGAACUGUUAAAAGGCAUGGAAGGUGCCGUGGCGGACAUCUUACGACAUGUGGAUUGCCCCAUGAUCAUGGAUCUCUUGCUGAAAAUCAUCAGCCUAGAGCGUGCCGAGAGUGGGCAGGGAAUUGUCGAGUGGCUCUACACGCAAGAUGUCAUGAUGUCUCUCAUUUCUUUCCUCGGCCCGGAACAUAGCUGGGCGACUCAAACCUCGGCAGCGGACUUUAUCAAGGCUAUCAUCACAGUCUCGGCGAACGCUUCUCAGAACGAGCAAACCUGCAUUGGGCCUAAUGAGUUGACCCGGCAGCUUGUCUCCGAGCCGUGCGUCGAGCAGCUCAUCAAGUACAUGUUGAGCGGGGGGAAUCCACUGACCUGCGGCGUCGGUAUCAUCAUCGAAGUUAUCCGGAAGAACAACUCGGAUUAUGACCCGGAAGGCGUCGAUAUCAACGCCGCUCCAUCCAGCCGAGAUCCCAUCUACCUAGGAACCCUCCUCCGAUUGUUCGCCCAGCACGUCCCUGACUUUGUCAACUUGAUCCUCAACGUCCCAGCCAAGAAGCAACAUUUUUCUUCCACCUUUGGCGAGAAGAUCGAGCCCCUCGGUUUCGACCGGUUCAAGACUUGCGAGCUCAUGGCAGAACUCUUACACUGCAGCAAUAUGAUGCUACUGAAUGAGAAUGGCGCAGAAGAUCUGAUUGCUGCUCGCGACACUCAACGCCAUCGGCUCCGGGCCGAGGGUCAACUGCUCCCUAUCAGCGGCAUCGAAGCUGCUUCGGGCGAAGACCUUUCGAUGCGAGCUUCCGAGGCAUCCUCUCCCGAACAAGGACGCAAAUUGGAGGUCAUGAACGUCUCUGCGGAUGAUGACGGGUUUGAGGAGGUGUCCCAUACAGCGGACGAGGAAAACACGCAUGGGGUCCUGGAACUUCCCGACGCUCCCACGCACCUGCCUACUUCGUCUCUACUGGGCAAGGACGACGAUGACUUUGUGGACGAGCCGCUUAGUUCCCCCACGCUCAACGUCCGCGAGCCCGCGGGUAACGACACGGAAUUGAAACCCCCGUUCGAAGAUGCGGACCUCAUGGUCGCGCCACUCUCGCCCUCGAAGAAGGCGGCACAGCCCGUACCAAAGACCGACACCGACAAGGGGGUCGCAAGUGAACCAGUCCCGCAAGAGACGAGCGCCAGCCCAGAAACGGAGCCAGCCGCCCCUGUGACGAACGAGGGUGAACCAUCCAAACCCGAGCCAGUUUCCGAAUUAACGACUGAGACCGAGAAACUUGAGACCGAGAAACCUGAGAUCGAGAAGCCUGAGACCGAGAAGCUUGAUACGGAGAAACCUGAUACCGAGAAGCUAAAGACGGAGCUCUCAACGAUUACACUAGAGGAUAAACCUCACGUCAGUGAUGUCAGUGACACGUUGUCACCGCAUCCAGAAGACACUCCGGCUCCGCUGUUUUCGAAAGAUGUGUCGCCCCAAGAGGCACCGCAGCCACCAGCUCAGCAAAGUGUGGACACGGUCAUUGCGGACGCCCCGGCACAACCUUCCGUCACAGUUUCGGAAGUCGAACAAUCCGAGACGUCCAGCUCACCACCGGCUCAAGAAACUGGGGACGUCUCCACCGUUGUGGCCGGCGACGCUCAGCCCUCUGCCGAAGCCAAGACACAGCCCAAGCCUGUUGUCGGAGACUACCUCAAGAUGCAGUUUGUCGAGCACGGCGUGGUCCCGACAAUCCUCGGUUUCUUUUUCCGGUAUCCGUGGAACAACUUCCUACACAACGUGGUGUACGAUAUCGUGCAACAAGUGUUCAACGGGCCAAUGGACAGGGGAUACAACCCGAUGCUCGCCAUCAGUCUUUUUGAGGCAGCCGAUAUCACCAACCAAAUUAUCAACGGCCAGACUGCUAGUGAAAAAUCACAGACCGAAAACAAGACGCGCAUGGGCUACAUGGGCCACCUCACACUGAUUGCGGAGGAAGUCGUCAAGUUUACAGAGCGUCACCCCCCCGAGCUUCUUAGCGACAUAGUCCUGGAGAAGGUGAUGGCCCAGGAUUGGGUGAACUACGUUGAGGGCGCCCUCGCGGAGACGCGCGAGCGGGAUAACGCCAUCCUUGGUGGCGUGCGCCCAGAGGUGGCGAUGAACCGUGCCACCGGGCCAGGCUUGAUGGCUAGCGGCUUCUCCGGGCUGAGUUCUAUUGGUCUCGGCGGCGGAGGCUCUAAUGCGCUCGCCGAAGCUGGACUGACGGGCGGGUCGGAAACGAUGGAGGGUUCUGGAGUUUCUUCGAUGAACCAGUUCGCUAUUAGCUCUGGCGCGCUCAUGAGCGGGUUCGGCAGCUCCAGUGACGAAGACGAGGACGAGGACCAGGACAACGAGGAGGAUAUCAAUAGCGAGUUCCGAGCAUACACCGAUCCCCUCAACUCUCACGGCGGCUCCAUGAGUCCGCCAUCUAUUCCACCCCCUCCACCACCGCCUCCUCCUCUCAACGUCCCCCCGUCUCGAGCCCGUCUCCAGUUGGCGGCGCGCCUGGCCAUGAACAAGCGCAACGCUGCUGCGGCCGCGAAUUCCAACGGCGAACAGGAAGGCAGCUCUCCUCCAACCGGCGACGACGACGCGACAGCCUCAGGUUCUUUCAACCUCCCCAGCUCUUCACGUGGUGAACGUCUACGGAACCCCUUUGCCGACUACGAAGACGAUGACGAAGACAACUCGGGUAGCGGGAGCGAUGAUGGCGACGGAGAAAGAGUGGAAGGCGGUGGCCGGUUGGGAGGGGGCACCGGGGCUUGGGAUCGUGGGUCCUGGUGGCGAGAUGUUGUUCGAGGCGCACAACGUCGGGGAGGCGGUGAGCGCGAUGGCCAGGAAGAGAUUGAGCGAUUCGGCGAUGGACGAGACGACGACAGCAGCGACGAUGAAGGCGGGAGACGGUUGACAGGAGAGGAAGACGACAUCGAGGACGAGGAGUUUGGCGACUUUGCCAUGCCCGAAGUGGAGGAGCGCGUCACGGUGUCAGGAAUCGAUCCCGCGCGGGAGAGCAUCCUGGUCAAGCCCAUGGCCCUGCAUCCGACCGCGUCCAACAUCAAGACGACCGGGAUCAGCCCCUUCAGCAGCCUCUGGCCGUUCUCGCGGGAGAAGAAGGAUGACGAAUCGUCUUCAGCGGCCGCCCAGGGCGACGGCUCGAACGCCAGCACACCGACGGGGCCAGCGCCGAUCUCGGAAGAGCCGGUGGAGCUGACCAAGGAGGAGGAGACGAUGAUCAGCGAGGAUGGGAAGAAGAUUGAUCGGGCUGUGGAGGCCAAGCGGCGGACCAGCAUUGAGGAUCCGGACGAGGACGAGGUGGAUGUGGGCGAGGAGAUUAUUGUGCAUCGGGCGCCGAGUGUCCGCUAG